AUGGCCAACUUGACUCCCCUAGACAAAUCCUCUUCCGACCCACAGCUUGCGUUAUCUCCAGAGCUUACCAGAACCUCCUCUUCCGGCGAUUCCUUGCGUCCCGGCCUCACUUCCACGUACUCGUACUCCUCCUCGCCGGGCCUCUCUCGCACCAACUCCUACUCCGGCGACAGCUCGCAAGAUGAGUACGACACCCUCCUCGACCGCCUCACAAUCUUCGACUUCCUAGACAACCUGUCGCUCUCAACAGGGCUGGAGCAGCUGCAGCGGUCCGUCUCCGCGCAGACGGAGAAGGUCCGGCGGCAACAGCAGCGGCUGAAGAGCACGGGCCUGAUCGCAAAGGACCGCGUGGUCGACGAGUGGAGGCGGAGGCUGCCGGGGCCGGAUGAGCAGCUGAAGAAGUAUCAGGCCCGGAUGAGGCACAGCGUGGACCGGCUGGGGAAGAAGUGGAAUGACAACAAGGCGGUGACGGCGAGGGAGAAGGCGUCGUUCAUCGCAGGCGUGCUUAACAUUUUCAUUAGCGGGUAUCUCGUCGGGGCGCACCCGGAAUGGUUUCAUUACUGGUAUACAAUUCAGCUCCUCUACUUCAUGCCGAUACGAUAUUACACGUACCAUAAGAAAGGGUACCAUUACUUUCUGGCGGAUCUGUGUUAUUUUGUGAAUCUGUUGUUGCUACUGAGCAUAUGGGUUUUCCCGACUUCGAAGAGGCUGUUCAUCAGCACAUAUUGCCUAGCCAUGGGCAACAACGCUGUCGCGAUUGCCAUGUGGAGGAACUCGCUAGUCUUCCACUCUCUGGACAAAGUCACAAGCCUCUUCAUCCACAUCAUGCCCUGCGUAACGCUCCACUGCCUCGUCCACCUCCUCCCCAACAUCCACACCAUUAGCCCGAUUCCCGGCCCUACCUUCCAAGCAAUCCGAUUCCCCGCAGUCCACACAAUCGCAACCUCUCAAGCAGGGGACGCGAACCAUUACACGCUCACGCAGAUGCUCCUGUGGGCGACGAUCCCGUACGCCGUGUGGCAGCUCUCGUACCACUUCCUGAUCACGGUUCGGCGGCGCGACAAGAUCGCCGCGGGCCGGCCCACCAGCUUUACAUGGCUGCGGAAGAGCUAUGCGAACACGCUGCUUGGGAAGACGGUUUUACAUCUCCCUGACUCCCUCCAAGAGCCCGCCUUCAUGCUAAUCCAGUACUCCUACGCCUGCAUCACCAUGCUCCCCUCCCCGCUCUGGUUCCGCUACCGCUGGGCCUCAGCCAUCUUCCUGCUGACCGUCUUCGUCUGGUCCGUCUACAACGGCGCGACGUACUACAUCGACGUCUUCGGCACGCGCUUCCAGAAGGAGCUCGAGGCGCUGAAGCGCGACGUCGCCAAGUGGCAGGGCAGCAGCAGUCCGCCGGCGUCUACGGCUGCUGAGCACGCCGCGCCGGAGACGAAGAAGGAGGAGGCCGGGAGUGCGGAGAUGACGAGGCCGGUUGGCGGGAAUGAGGGGGUUGGAAAGGAGAAUCGGGGGUUGGGUGGGGAUGCUGGGGUAGGGAAGACGGGGGUGGCGGGGAUGAGUGUUGCGCAGGAAGGAUGA